AUGGACCUGAGCAAGAAAAGUGCACGUGCAAAUCACCAUAAAAAAGACAAGCCUGAAACACAGGACCAGGAUCGAAGUACAGAACCUGUAGGAGAAACUUUAAUAAAACCAGAACCUGAACACAGAAGCUCUCAUGAACAGCCUCAGGAAAAUAAGUCAGAGGAGCCAAAACAAUGCCAGGAGCCUCGCAGACCCAAGAAGACCCACGACUGUCCGACCUGCGGGAAAGGUUUCUCCCACAACGCUGCUUUGAAACGACACCUUGUGAUUCACUCAGGGAAAAGACCUUACAAGUGCUUCAUAUGUGGACGAGGAUUCACGCAGGAUGGAAACCUCAAAACACACAUGAAAGUUCACAAAGGAGAGUUGCCAGUUUGGACAUUAGUUCAAGAGAAGAGUCCCUCUAAAGAAUCUCCUGCAACAGUUCACGUGUGUGGAGAGUGCGGCAUGGACUUCCCUCAGAAACAACAGCUGGAGGAACACCGUGACAGUCACAAAAAGCCUUACGCCUGUCCUGACUGUGGCAAGACAUUCAAACAUGAAAAUUAUUUUAAAAUUCAUCAGCGCAUUCACUCCGGAGAUUCACCUUUCAUUUGUUCAGAGUGCGGAAAGAGCUUUCUCACAGCAGGCUCGCUUAAAAAACACGAGAUGACGCACACUGGACAGAAGAAUUUCCACUGCGAUCAGUGCGGUAAGGGGUUUUCACAGUCCUCCAACUUCAAGGGGCAUCUCAAGACUCACACCGGAGAGCGGCCUCACCUCUGCUCAAUCUGUGGCAAAAGUUACUCCAGAGCGUCUGUUCUGAAAGUUCACCUGCGAGUUCACACCGGAGAGAAACCGUACGCUUGUGAGAAAUGUGGCAAGUGCUUCUAUUACUAUCAAGGUUAUCGGACACAUCUGAAGAUUCACGACAAGAAACCAAAACCUCCAACAAAACCGCUCGGGAGACCAAAACAACAGCUGUUAGAUGCAAAUGAUCAAUAA